AUGUCCGCUUCAACCUCGACGCGGCUCAACGAGGCGCUUUCGCUUCUUGUCCAAUCGCCGCCUGGCCAGACCUCGCAGGUGUACCACGAUCUGCGCGGCAUCCUGUUCGAUGCGGAAUCCAACUCUACCGACAAGAUCGACGACUCGUCGCUCCAAUCGGCUGCAGCUGUCGCGCUCGAGGAAUACAACACGCAGCAGCUCGUCACCGCCACUCUGCCGGACGAUGCGUCGGCUGUUAUCAUCUGCCAGGCCGGUCAAGUGGCUGAUGCCAGCGCGACCGAGGUGGGCGUCAAGAGGUAUUUGCACGCUAAGCUCAAAAAGACGUUCUUGUUCGAUCACGUAAAGAGGACAGUAAGCGAUGUCAAAGAUGCACCGGAAAGCGUCGAUGCUGAGGUGGAAGCCACGAGAGCAGCGCUGGAACACGCGUUGGAGUCGUACGUCAAGGACAGGUAUCCAGACGGCGUGAGCAGCGUAUUUGCUGUCUCAAGUAUGCCAGUCAAAGACCAAGUCGAAUUUAACCAGCACGUCGGAACCGCGGCGGUGGAAAAUGCAAAGUCGACAGUCGAGAACACGGCUAAUGCCAGCGAUCACGAUGGCGCUGCUAUCGCUCAAGACGCUUCCAACAAGGACGACGACCAAGCACAAGUCAAAGCCGACGCAGUCGAUGCUGUCGCCACAGUCGAUACGGUCUCGUCGUCCGCUUUGACCUCAACGUCGGCUGCGCCUCAAGCCACGAGUCGAGUCAAGACCACGUUUGCGAUCCACCAUGUUGGAAAUCGAUUCAACCUCUCCAACUUCUGGUCUGGUCGAUGGCGUGCAUCGUAUACGCUUGAUGCGCACUCGACGCCUCGGACGUUGACUUGCUCCAUCACGGUGCAGGUGCACUACUUUGAAAAUGGAAAUGUACAGCUCAACGCUGCCAAGCCACGCACGUUUCACCUCUCGGCCAACGACGACAACUUGGUCCACCAAGUGGUGAGCGUGAUCGGCGCACACGAGGACGCCUGGCAGCACGCACUCGAACACACUUACGACGAGUUGGCCGAAUCAGCUUUCAAAGCUUUGAGGAGGCAGCUCCCGUUGACCAGGCAGAAGGUAGAUUGGGACAAGGUACUCAAUUACAAGCUGCGCGAUCAAUUGGCCAGAGCGUGA